AUGAAUCUAGCCAAUUUCAUCAACAAUGAAAGAGUGCCGAGUGAAAACAGCAUCUGGUCCGAACCUGGAGCUUUUGGGGCCCUGUUGCCGAGAAGUUCCAGCUUGGUCGUUAAGCCUGGAACCGUACGCCAACGCCACGAGCUAAAUAAAACUGAUAUGUUGAUACAGCAGCAACAGCAACAACAUCAGCAGCUCAUCCAAAAUCAUCAGCAGCAGCAACAUGAUUAUGCAACAGCUUUAUCCAUAUUUGGGGAAGCUGUGGUGCAGCAACAGCAACAACCUCUUGCGCUUCAGCAGUCUCAGACGUCGCUAAAUCCUAUCCUACUUCAGCAGCAAACGUCACACAUGGCACCUCAGCAAUCUACUCUACAGCACUUCUUCCAGCCUGUAACUACGCAGACACCUGCACCAUUAUUGCCUGGCUCGUCGCUAUUCAACGGAACUCCGUACUAUGGAUCGUUUACAGCUCAUAUGCCUCAGCCCCCUCUGCAGUUUUAUGCACCGAUCAUGUAUCAUAAUCUAAAUAAUCUGAAUGGCGCUUUUGCUGGAGUGCAACCUGGUGGAAUGGUCGGUCAACCAUCUGAACUAUUACCGCCGUCAACUGCUCCAGCUCGCAAGGACUGGUUUGAUUAUCUUUUGCAAAUGGCACAUCAAAAAUAUAAUGCUCAGGACUAUUCGGGUGCCUUGUCUAUACUACAGGAACUACAUAACUUGCAACCAGAACACCUGCCAACCUUGCUGUUGCUUGGUUGCACGUGUUAUUCAUUAGGACUUCACCAGCUAUCAGUAUACUACAACAAUAUGAUACUGGCUCUAGAUUCGCAAUUUGCUGAAGCAUAUUCGAAUCUUGGAACGACGUAUAGAGCGAUGGCUAUGGAAGCUGCAGCAGCUGGAACUACAACAUCUCCAACUUCAUCACAGCCAGGAUAUAAUCUAGAAAUGGCCGAAAGAUAUUAUAGAAUGGCAGUCGCUAUAAGGCCAAAGUACUGGGACGCCAAUAUUAACCUUGCGGGGCUCCUUAGUUCCCAAGGACGAUGGAGAGAUGGGCUCGAAGUCUACUCUUCAAUCGAACGGGCAAUGGAAGAAGAGUUCCCACCAGAGGAACGUAUAGAAACUCUCUUGUCUACACUUGUAGUCACUGAGAAUGAAUCUGUGCUGGUUGCUGCCAUCGCGGAAUGUGAAAAGAGAAAGAAGAAACGUAUAGCAUAUCAAAAAGCUGCUGGAACUGUACCAUCUGGUGAAGCAAGUGGCUAUUCGUCUGAAAGACGACGAGAUCUGUAUUAUGCCAAGGGUAACUUGUCAUUUGUUACAGGCGAUGUACUAGGUGCAAAACGUGAAUAUUAUAAGGCACUCGCAGCGGUCGGUAUCGAUAUGCUCAAAGUAAUAUUACGAACACCACCAGGAUCUAUACCGCAACCGCCAUUGUCACCACAACAAGUUUUAAUGAUGGUCCAACAACCUAAACCACCAGGUGAAACAACCUUCUCUCCUACAACCGCAUCCGUACUACAGACUUUGGCUAAAAUAUAUCAGGAUACGGGAAAUACUUCGAUGGCUAUUUCAUUGUAUUAUGUAUCGUUGGGAGUACAUGCUACUGCCAAUGUGUGCAACAAUUUAGGAAUAUUGUUGUCGAGCCAUCGUCUUAAUGAAAGCAUAGGAUGGUAUGAAGUAGGGCUUGCUCUAGAUAACAAUCACGCACACUUGUAUACGAAUUUGGGAUCUGCGCUCAAGGAUCGUGGUCAGGCAAGUACCUUACAGGAAUACAAUCUUGGGCUGCUAUUGUUUGCUCAAGGCAUUGAGUGCUAUCAGAGAGCAAUCGCAUUACAUCCAGACUUUUACAUUGCCUUGGCCAACUUGGCAAAUGUAUAUAAAGACCAAGGUCGUGUCGACGAAGCUAUCGAACUAUAUCGCCGUGCUCUCAGAGUCAAACCAGACUUUAUCGAAGCCUUUUGUAAUUAUGUAAAUUCUCUCUUCUUUGUCUGUAAAUGGGACGGUAGAGACGCCAAGCUGCUAAAGAUACGAGAGAUUGUAGAACGACAGCUUCAGGAGGGCGUGAAAACCAUACCCAAGGGAGUGCCAACAGUACUUCCCUUCCAUACCUUUACAUACUCGUCUCUCGAAGCUUGGAUGGUCCGCGAUAUAUCGAGAAGGACUGCCGAUCGGGUGGUCUGGAAUGUACUGACGAGUGAUUGGUUUGCUGGUUUCCCUGCGAGACCAGGAAACUUUCUCACUCUGUCACCAAAAAUGUUGGCAUCCAUGUCAGCAGCCAUUCAUCGAUCAGCUCACUAUCCAUACCCAUACACAUUACCACCAUUACCCACAGCAGCUUCUCCUAUUAUUCGCAUAGGAUAUGUCUCCUCCGACUUUAAUAAUCAUCCAUUAGCUCAUCUCAUGCAAUCUGUAUUUGGACUACACGACAGGGACCGAUUCAGAGUGUACUGUUAUUCCUUGUCGCCAUCAGAUAAUUCACCGUAUCGCAGUAAGAUUGAAGCAGGUGCCGAUGUAUUCAUAGAUGUGUCCAACUGGUCAUUGAGAGAUAUCGUCGAGAGAAUCGCCCUUGUCGACAAGAUUCACAUCCUUUGUAACCUGAAUGGGUAUACCAAGGGUGGACGGAAUGAGAUCUUUGCUGCCAGGCCAGCGCCGCUACAAAUGGCAUUCAUGGGGUUUGCGGGCACCAUGGGCGGUGGCAAAGUCUAUGAUCCUACUGUUGAUGCUGAUGCGGCGGCAGCAGCAGAUUCGUCCACAUCUGCCUUCUCGGCUCGUAAUAUAGGAAGAGCUAAUACAGAACACUCGCUGCGACGAUCUGCAUCAGAGUCGUCGCUAGCUCGGUCUAGACCUUCAACGCUGACGUUUGACGAUACGGAAUUCUUUGAUACGCUGUCAGACCGAUUUAUAGACUAUCUCGUAGCAGAUGAAAUAGCAUGCCCUCGUAACCUUGUAUGUGGUGAACCUAUAACUGAAGCAGAACCCGAUGUAGUUGCACCAUCGUCACCUGCUUACUCGUCAAGACAAGUACGAGGUCCAGUAGUACCACAGGAUGAUCGAAAUCGAAUGUAUACUGAAGGUCUGAUAUACAUGCCGCACAGCUAUUUCGUCAAUGAUCAUCGACAAGGAUUUAAAGAAGAGGAUGAUGCUGAAGUCGAUGCUAUGCUCUUACAUGCCAUGCAUGCUCCCAUUGAAGAUAUGGGUAUGAUGGCUAUAUCUGGUAGUGAUGACGAUGACCUUCCAGAACCUGAGUUGUUGAAAUGGAGGAGAGAGCAGAUAAAGCGGUUGAAGAUGAGACAGGACCUGUUUCCUGGUUUACCAGAAGAUACUGUUAUAUAUGCUAAUUUCAAUCAGCUUUACAAGGCAUGUGUGUUUGGGUUUGAGUUGACUUACGACAAAUCCAUGGACCCUGAUAUCUUUAAAGUGUGGCUUAAUAUUUUGAAACGGGUCCCGAACUCUGUGUUAUGGUUGCUCAAGUUCCCAGCUGCAGGAGAAGCACAUAUUAUGAAGUUUGCCAAAGAGCAUGCAGGUGAAGAAGUUGCACAACGUAUUCUCUUCACUGAUGUGGCUCUGAAACAUGUACAUAUUCAUCGUGGUCGUAUUGCUGAUGUCUUUUUGGAUACUCCUGAGUGUAAUGCUCAUACCACGGCUGCUGAUAUAUUAUGGAGUGGAACACCGAUAAUAUCGUAUCCGAAAUAUGACUUUAAGAUGUGCUCACGAGUCGCAGCUUCAGUAGCAUAUGCCACUGGUAGUUGGGAUCCACAACGUGGUAAUCCAUUUGCCGAUAAAGGAGAACGUGGGUUAGCGAACGGUCCACAACGUCUAAUGGAUCCCAUGUUGUUGGGCCAUCAAAUGGUAGUCAACUCGUAUGAAGAAUAUGAAGAACGAGCAGUAGAGUUCGGAAGGAGUUUAUGGUGGGACUGGCAACAGAUACGACCAAAUCCGCUACCUCAUGAAAACGAUGCUAGUGCUGGUCUGUUUAGUGGUAGUAAUAAUGUACAGUAUCAACAACAGUCUCGUCAGUCUGAAGUCAAGGCUAAUGCACUUCCGGUACCCACUCGCUCUGACUCGAAGAUAAAUCUCGCCUUGUUACCUGAACAGGCUAGGGCAAAGCAGGAAGCCUCUUCAACAGCAGCAGCAACAGGAAUGUCUGGAACAAUAGCAUCAGCAUCAGCAGGCGAACAAACACCACCACAACAACGUAAUAUCCGAUUCAUCAAUGUAAAUCCCUUUUACCCAUCCCGGGCACAUCCAACCCAUAUACUAGUAGCUCGUGGUACCGCAAUGCAAUUACGACGCCGUCUCUUCUUGACUCGAACGACUAUGCCACUAUUCGAAGCUGAUCGAUGGGUACGGAAUCUGGAAACUGGUAUGAGGCUAGCAUGGAAACGAUGGGAAGCGGGUAUGCAAGUGAUUGCUGAAAGGAAUCAACAGGAAUAUCAGUCUGUUGGUAUGUAUGCUAGUACAGGUGCAACGACUGCAAGCCCACCGGAUAACUGUAUUUCACGACGAAGAACCACGUCGAGGUGUUUGUGGAUUGCAGAUACGGAUGUUGCCGUGCGAAGAGAAUUUUGA